AUGGGGUGUGUGGCCUCCAAGCUCGACGAAUCUCCGGCGGUUGCUCUGUGCCGCGACCGCUGCUCUCUCCUCGAUCAUGCCCUACGACGCCGUUUCGCCUUUGCUCAGUCCCACGCUGCUUAUCUCCUCUCCCUCAACUCCCUCGCUCUUUCUUUUAAUUUGCACCGCCUCUUCAUUCAUGAUUCCGACUCCGACUCCGACUCGCGUGCCCUGCAGCCUGAUGAGCUCCCCGGAGCACGAGGUUUAACGAAUCUUAAUUUCAUGAAAACCCCAACGACGCCUUCGCUUCUUUUUACACAACCGCCCAUGGUUCCAGAGACUAUGUAUUCACCUGAAUUUUCUGCAAAUGAUCAUAAUCAGAAUCAGGAUUUUGAUAAUAUUAACAAUUAUAAUUACGGUACUGGAGGUGGACUUGGAGGCGGUUCAUCUCCGCAGGCUUCUUACAGUGGGGAUAUUUUGUCUUCCACAGUAAUGAUGCCUUCAGUUUCGAAUGUAUCGCCGCCGCCGCCACUGCCAGCAGGAAGCUCCACGUGGGACUUUUUGAAUCCCUUUGACAGUGAUGAGAGCUAUUAUCCUGCUAAUAAUACUCAGAGCCGCGAUUCCAGGGACGUCAGGAAGGCAGAGGGGAUACCGGAUUUGGAGGAUGUCGACGACGAAGAGGAGGUUGUGAAGGAAAUUCAUGGCGAUGAGAGGCUUGUAGGAGGUGGAGAAACUGGCAUUCAAUCAAAGCCUGUAGCUCUGAAGGAUGUUCCAUUGCCAAAACAUAAUUCAAGGUCAAGAACAGGGGUGAAGAACAAUGUAGUGGAGUACAAGAAUGCAAAAGCUGCUCAAGGGAGGUUGAAAGUUAUGGCCAAGACCUCCCAAUUUAAGCCUCGCAGUAGGUUUAAGCAUGACCUUGAACUUGUGAAGGAAAUUCAGUUUCAGUUCGAGCGCGCUUCCAACUCCGGAAGUGAGAUCGCCAAGUUUCUCCAGGCCGGAAGCCUUCCAUACAAUGAAAAACACAGCAAUAAUCAGGCUUUGUCGAAGCUAUUGCAUUUACCUAUGGCAUCAUUCCUUCCGUCGCUGUCAAGAGGAAUCAACCAUGCCGAUCCCUCUGUCUUAAUUGCAGAUGAAGAUGUUGAAGUGAGAUCAAUAAACCAGUCUUCCACUUUGCACAAGCUCUACCUCUGGGAGAAAAAACUGUAUGAAGAGGUUAAGGCCGAGGAGAAACUUAGAGUCAUUCAUGAGGACAAGUCAAGAAAACUGAAGAAUUUAGAUGAAAAAGGUGCAGAGACUUCCAAAGUUGAUGCAAAUAGAAGCUUGGUGAGGAGCCUGUCUACAAAGAUUAAAAUUGCAAUGCAGGUAGUUGAUAAGAUCUCAGUGAAGAUAAAUAACUUGAGGGAUGAGGAAUUGUGGCCACAGAUACAAGAAUUGAUUCUGGGGUUUAACAGAAUGUGGAAGUCGAUGAUGGAGUGCCAUCACAGUCAGUUUCGAGCGAUUGGCGAAGCCAAACAAUUAGAUGUCUUGGCAUUCCCAAAGGCUUUUGGUAGUACACAACUAGAGGACACUCGGCAACUCGAACACCUAAUUAACUGGACUUUAGGUUUCUCUUCUUGGGUGGGUGCACAAAAGGAUUAUGUUCGAGCAUUGAAUAAUUGGCUGAUGAAAUGUCUCCUCUACGUUCCCGAAGAAACUCCUGAUGGCUUAGCUCCAUUCUCUCCCGGCAGAAUUGGCGCCCCUCCGGUGUUUGUUGUUUGUAACCAAUGGUCUAAAUCAUUGGAUGCGAUCUCUGAAAUAGAAGUGAUCGAUUCCAUGCGAGACUUUGCAUCAAGUGUCCUGAUUCAGUGGGAUCAGGCGAAGGCUGAAAUGCAUCAAAAGAUGUCGGCAAAUCAUGAUGAGCAGAAGAUCAAGAGCCUGGAAAAGGAAGACAGAAAGAUACAAAAGAAGAUUCAAACACUGGACAAAAGAAUGAUGCAGAUGAUGUCUUCUGUCAACAAUGGGAGUGUUGUUUAUAAGAGGGAGAGCAUUGUAGAAAGCCUGCGCCAUGUUUUCGAAGCCUUGGAAAAGUAUGCUGCAAGCUCUUUCAAAGUUUAUGAGGAGCUGUUGCAACAGAUGGACGAGGGAGGAAACCGUGUGGCCAAUGACCAUCCAAAUCCAAAAGCUUCAUAGCAUCGUUUUGUUGAGUUGAAACAAAACAUAGAAUGAAGAGUGGUGAAAUUAGGGUUUGAUCCUUUUAUACAUUUUGUGUCGUCUAAGUUAAUGUUGCAUGCACUUACAAUGCCUUCAUUGCUGGCUGCUUAAAAGAUAUUUGAGGAGGAAUAACAAAUAAGUAUGUGCUAUGCACAUUUGGGAGAGGUGAAAUGUGUAUCGUAAUACUAAUAAUAUAUGUAUUGUUGUACGACUACGUGAAAAUUCAGUUUUGUCUUUGAUUGUA